AUGUCUGGUAUAAAUCCAGGAGACGAGAAACUCGUAUUCGAGUCGUCAGAGGCCAUCUCUGUGGUCUCAACCUUCGACGACUUUUCACUGAAGCCGGAUUUGCUGCGAGGGAUAUACGCUUACAACUUCGAGAAGCCGUCUGCCAUCCAGCAGCGAGCAAUUCUCCCCAUUACACAAGGCCGGGAUGUUAUUGCUCAGGCGCAAUCGGGAACUGGUAAAACAGCCACAUUCUCGAUAUCCAUCCUCCAGUCAAUCGAUGUAAACGUUAGAGAGACCCAAGCUCUUGUACUCUCCCCGACCCGAGAACUCGCGACCCAAAUCCAAUCCGUUGUUCUGGCAUUGGGCGAUUACAUGAACGUCCAGUGCCAUGCCUGCAUUGGGGGAACUUCGAUUGGGGAGGAUAUUCGCAAACUCGAAUAUGGACAACAUGUUGUAUCUGGAACCCCCGGACGUGUCUUUGAUAUGAUACGGCGAAGAAGCCUCCGAACACGCAACAUCAAAAUGCUCGUUCUCGACGAAGCCGACGAGCUCCUGAACAAGGGUUUCAAGGACCAAAUCUACGAUGUCUACCGUUAUCUUCCCCCUGCAACCCAAGUCGUUCUUCUCAGCGCAACACUGCCGUAUGACGUUCUGGAGAUGACCACGAAAUUCAUGACGGAUCCGGUCCGUAUUCUCGUAAAGCGUGACGAGUUGACGCUGGAGGGGAUCAAGCAGUUCUUCGUGGCUGUUGAAAAGGAGGAUUGGAAGUUCGACACGCUUUGUGACCUUUACGAUACUUUGACCAUCACCCAAGCUGUCAUUUUUUGUAAUACGCGUCGGAAGGUUGACUGGCUGACAGAGAAGAUGCGCGCCUCCAACUUCACGGUUUCAUCAAUGCACGGUGAAAUGGUGCAGAAGGAAAGAGACGCUAUAAUGGCUGAGUUCCGUGGAGGCACGUCCCGGGUUCUUAUCACGACCGAUGUCUGGGCAAGAGGCAUCGAUGUUCAGCAAGUCUCUCUCGUGAUCAACUACGAUCUCCCUGCCAAUCGUGAGAAUUACAUCCACCGAAUCGGUCGUUCUGGUCGCUUCGGUCGCAAGGGUGUUGCCAUUAACUUUGUGACGGUAGAAGAUGUCAGAAUCCUCCGAGAUAUCGAACAAUUUUAUAGCACUCAAAUUGAUGAAAUGCCCGUCAAUGCCGCCGAGUUGAUUUAG